GGGAUGCCCAUAAGUUGGGGGAUGGCCAAACAUGUUGUAGUCUAUGAUGUAAUGGAAUUCUGUGGUGCUAUAAGAUCCAGGAGAACAUUGUACAUAGGAACAGCGAUACUAUAUGAUCAAUAAUUGUGAAUGGCUUAGCUGUUCUCAGCAAUCCAGUGAUCCAAGACAAUUCCAAAGGAUUCAUAAGGAAAAAUACUCUCUCUCCACAGAAAGAAGUGAAGGAAUCUGAAUGCAGGCUAAAACAUGCUACAUUUUACUUUCUUCAUUUUUUUCUGUUCAAAUUUUCUUCCACAAAAGAACUAUUGUGGGAAAAUGUUUUACAUGAUUGCACGGGUAAAAUCCAUAUCAAAUUUCUUACUCCCUCAGGGAGUGGGUAAGGGGUUGGAGGGAGGAAAGGAGGGAAUUUGGGACUCAAAUUUGUUUUUAAAUGUUGAAAAUUAUGUUUACAUGUUAUUGAGGAAAAAGGAAACAUUGUUAAAAAGUAGAUUAACAGUUUGGGGGGAAAGGCACAAAAAUACUGGAGAGAAGAUCUCCUUAAGAAGGAGAAUUGACCAGUUGGUAAAAGAGGCACACAACGUCACCAAAGCAAAAACUCCUGAGAAACAAUCACUUUGGCCAAGUCACAGAUGUCAGAAUGAACCCACAUGAGUCCUCAGCAUUUCUGUCCAUUCCCAAUGCAGUCCAUUUUAUCUGUGAAUAUGGAUGAAAACAAGGACAAACAAAAACCAUUCUAAUGUUAAGGGUCAAUUUUAGGGUUGAGACUGAAUAUAUUUUUUGUUGGUCGCCAGGGAUUUAAAUUCUAAAUGCCAAUGAAAUACUCAAGUCAGGAUGGAAUUUAAUGGUGGCUUAUUUAAAAUAGAAGGAAGAAAUGAGGAAUGGGAGAGAGAGAGAAAAGGGAAGAUCUUCUCCAGCCUGGCCUUGGCCAAGGGGCCUUCCCAGAAGAUUCAAUGUAGCUCCGCUUCCAGCCACGAGACCUCCUCCAAGAGGAGGGGCCUCCAGAAAAAGCCAAUGAUGUGGCCCCAGUGGAGCCCAGUUCCUGGGCAGACUCACCAUCUGGCCAUACAGCAGGAGGACAGAAAGGAGGUGUAGACCGAUCCAGGCAAGUUCCGGGUGGAUGAGCUGCCCAAGGACACUGCCCGGUGCUCUCUCCCAGGCUGCCUCCUGUGAAUCUAAAGGGACUGCCAUGGCCCGCUGGGCACAGGCCACCUCCUUGCUGGUUAACAGUAGUCGGGAAUGGCUGGCCAAGGGUGGAGCUCCCAGGCCUGCCUAUUGGCUGCUGGUAGCAGCCUGUGUGGCCAGUUGGCGGCGCCAGGAUUGCUCCCCUCGGUGACUGUGGGGGCUGGGCUGGAAGCGCGUCUGCUCCGGUCACACUCCCGUCACUCUCAAGUAAGGGACAGAAAGUCCCAGAAGAUAAAGCGGGCAGGUGGGGGAUGGGGGCGUCUUCCAGGCAAGUUUCCUGAAGAAAACUGAAGAGAUGCGACCCGAGGAGGUCAGGCCGACUCUGGCCCACGUCUAGUGAUUGCAGAGGUGCCCAUAAACACUCGAGGGCGGACGUGGGAGAAGUAGAUGCCCGGGUAGGGAGGCCCCGCACAGGGCCAAAAAGAGGCUGGAAAGUUUCUUCCCAGCAGCCCUUUCGGUGAGGGCAACGUCUCGGUCCUGGUUCUGGCUGGGCCGACAGCGGCCUCAGAGCGGGACACGCAGCUGCCGCGGGGGAGGAAGGGAUCUCCGGUGCGUCCGGAGUAGCCAGACGGCCCGCGGAAAAAGACGCUGCGCGGAGCCCCAGGCUGACCCGGGCCUCCGCCCUGCCUUCAUUCCCGCCGCUCUAGCGGAGCCAGGGGGAGGAGGGGUGGGCGUGGGCACGCCCCGGCACGCCCGGAAGCCGCUGCCCCGUUCGUUCGGCGUGCGGCCCGGCCCCCGGCGGGGACGAGCCGCUCUGUGCCGAGGGGCGCCAUGGCCUGCCCCACGUCCGUCCUGGCCCCCCGGGCUCUUGCUUCCAGAGAGAACCUGCGGCUGCUCCCGUGUGCCCGGGGCCCCGGCGUGCAGCUCCGGGCGGCGCUGGCCUCCGCCGGGGCGGAACACUUCCAGCGCCCGGCAGCGUCGGAACCGAGGCCGGGAGAAGGAGAAACGCGCCGGCCACAGGUGGCGCCAGGCCAGGCGCUGGGCUUUUGGCAGGAGAGGUUGGCAGACCAGCUGUUGCCCCUCUGGAGACUGAACUACGAGGAGCAGCUGAAGGUCAAGUUUGAGGUGCUCAAGAAGAGCCUGGAGCAGCUCCAGAGUCGCCUCCACUCGCCAGGCGGUGCUUCCGGGGAGCCCAGAGGGCUGGGCGCCCUCCUGCAGCCUUUCGUGCCCUCCCCUGUCAUCGAGGGGUACCGGAACAAGUCUGUCUUCUCUGUAAACAGAGGCCCAGACGGCCACCCCCAGACUGUGGGCUGCUUCCUGAGAUCCCCUGGAGGGAAGGAGAUUUUCUGCGUGCCCGCCGACCGGCUGAGGGCUCUUCCUGCCAGCCACCUCCAGGUUGCCCAGUGCUACGAGGCGUUUCUGCGGCAGACCCCGGCGCAGCCCGGCCUCAGCCCUCCCGGGCUCGGCCCCUGGCGGCGGCUCCGCGUGCGGACGGGCCUGCAGGGGCACCGGAUGGCCAUCGUCACUUUUCACGCUCAGGGGCUGAGCCAGGAGGCCGUGAGGACCCACAAGGAGCGAGUGCGGGACUUCUUCACGUCGGGGCCGGGAGCGGCGUGCGGCCUGACCUCGCUGUACCUGAAGGAGAGUGCCGCCCCCGGCCCCGGGCUCUCGGGCUUCCCGCGCUAUGAGCUCGUGGCCGGGGAGCCCCACGUGCUGGAGGACGUCCUGGGCCUGCGGCUGCGCGUCUCUCCCGGGGCCUUCUUCCCCCCGAACACGGGGGCCGCCGAGGCUGUGUGCCGGCUGGUGGCGGAGCUGAGCGGAGCCGACGGGAGCGCGGCCGUCCUGGACCUCAGCCGAGGCACAGGUGCCACCGGCCUCUCCCUGGCGCGGCGCGCAGCCCACGUCUGGAGUGUGCAGCUGGCCGGGCAGGCUGUGGAAGACGCCAGGUGGAGCUCCGCCUUCAACGGGAUCACCAACUGGGAAUGCCGGCGGUGGGACGUGGACAAGGCGGUGGCUCAGAUCCGGAAGGCCGAAGGGGACAGCCUGGCCCUAGUGGUGCUCCUGGACCCGGCAGGCGCCGCCCUGUCUCCCAGGGUCCUCCGGGCCGUCCGAGGCUGCCCAGCCAUCCGCACGCUGGUGUUUGUCUCCAGCCGGCCCCACAGGGAGGACAUGGACGCCUUUGAGCAGCUGUGCUGUCCGGUGCCUGGCGGCCAGGACCCCCAGGGAGAGCCUUUCGUGCUGGGCCGAGCCGUGCCGGUGGACGCCUUCCCACACACUCUGUCCUCGCAGCUGCUUCUGGCCUUCACCCGCUGACCGAGCCGCCAGCCUCAGCCCCGCCCCUUCUCAAUAAACGCUUGUGACAGGA